AUGUCUGGCAGUAUUUUUGGUUCAGCAGAACCUCUUGACGAUCCAUGGGCGUUGCCAGCGGCAAGGAACUCGGAGUCAGCUUUGAUGGAUCGCCAGCCCAAUGCUUGGGGAGGCUACAACAGUGAGUUUUCUGAUCCGCUUACAACCAGUUUCGGAGGACUGGACGUGAAUGAAAGGUUUUCAGAAGAGGAAGAAGACGAUAUUAUAGGUGGAGUUAUACAGGAUCCUUUACUUCCUAUAAAUCAAGACGAAGGCACGAGCCCUCUUCCCAAACAUGUCAAGGCCAAGGCCUCCACCAUAGCAGAUGUGAGCGAGACUCAAACUAGCGAGGUUUGGACGGACGAACUCACUGACUCGUUUAACCCUUUGAGCUAUCACAACAACACGGAUAAGACUAUAAUCAGGGUGAAAGAGAUACCUGAGAAGGAGGGCCUGGUGUUCAAGCACAUCAACUAUCUGAUCACCCAUAAUAUUGUUUUCCCUAGAGAAUAUCAAGUCCAACAAGAAAGAGGAGAACUGAAGAUAGUGAGGAGAUACAGCGAUUUUGCGUGGUUAAUCGAGGUUCUGUGGAAGAAGUAUCCGUUCAGGAUCAUUCCCGAUCUGCCUCCCAAGAAGUUUACCAUAGGUACCUCAUCGACUGAUUCAGUUUUCUUGCAAAGGAGAAGAAGAGGACUGCAACGAUUUCUCAAUCAGGUCAUGAAACAUCCUAUCUUGAGCAAGGAAAGCCUGGUGGUGAUGUUUCUGACUGUGCCUAACGAUUUUGCGAAUUGGAAAAAGUUCGCCAACAUUGACUACUCUGAUGAGUUCAAUGGGUUGAGGGUAAGUUUACCGCGAAGGUUCAAGCUCAAUCUGGAGAAGGUUUUCAAGACACAGGCGGACGAUGACGAAGAAGACGACGACGAGGAUAAGCCAAGCUCGAACAUUGUGAUAAACAACAUCACGCAAAUUUGGUCUGAGAGCCCGCAGAACUUCCGGGAUUUGGACUUCAUCGAGAGCCUUGGUGCUAUCGACAAUCAGCUGAACAAGUUUGGUGAAUUAUGGAGCAAGCUGUGCAUCCUCGUGGAGAGGAUAGAGAGAAGGGAGAUCGCACUAUCACAGGACCAACAGAGAUUUGGCCAUUUUCUCAAGGAAUUCUCGGAGAUCAAUUCCACAAUUUAUGGAAUGUCCAAUCUUCUUCCUGUGCAAAAAGGAGGAGCCAGUGUUAUUGGUACAUCCUCAACAGGCGAGGCUGAUGAGAGGCAGAACCUGGGAAUCAUCAACGCCCUGCUUAGGACGAUAGUCUCGUACCUGUUCAAUUCCAAGCAGUUGAAGGAUCAGGAGUUGGCAUCUAUGGACAGCGAAACUUUGGAGAAUUUCAAGAAGUUUCAGGAUUAUAUUGUUGCACUCAAGCUUAUGCUUGAAAGACUUAUUGGAUUCAAAGCUACAAGUGAAAGAGACCUGCACUUACUCCUCAACAAGAUAACCAGGGCAAAUGAACGAUUAACACAGGUUAAGAUCAAAGCCGAUGUGAAGGGCUCGGAGAUAGACAGACUAAUCCAAAUACUGCAAGAGUCAUCAUCAGAUCUCUAUGCUUUGAUCACCAAGAUCAUUUUGGUCAAAAAUUGCGUUGUCAGCGAGUUCAAGAUUUUCCAGAAGACCAAGUACCUUCUGUCCGAGGUUUUCCAGGACUGGUUCGUGGAGAAAGUGAAGUACGGAGAUCUCGAGCAACAAAGCCUUGCAAGGUGUUUCAACGAGUUACAGGACAUGCCAUUGAAAUGA